AACAUGUGUCUGAACUUUCAUGAUGCAGGUUAAGGUGAACAAAACUGCUCAUACAUGUCCCAGUGUGAACAGGAGAAAAAUAUUGAAGUCAGCUAAGAGUAGAUGCGUUGCUGAUGCUGUGAAGACCUGGGUUUUAGAGGAUUCAGAAGUGGGACCAACAGAAUUGCAGAAAAAUUUGAAGAAGUAUGGCCUGGCAGUUCCAUAUAUGAGAGUAUUCUAUGGGAAGCAAAUGGCACUUGACAAUAUCUAUGGUAAGUGGGUUGACUCUUUCCAGUUACUGUAUACCUUCAAGGCAGAAGUGGAGAAAGCAUCUCCUGGUAGUGUAGUUACCAUUGAUAAACACACUGUGCAGUACAAACUAAAUGGGAAGAGUAGACAGAAAGAGUGCUUUAGAAGAGUAUUUGUUUCUUUCAAAGCAUGUUGGCAAGGUUUUUUGAAUGGAUGUAGGCCUUAUCUUGCAGUAGAUGCCACUGCAUUAAAUGGCAGAUUUAGAGGGCAACUAGUUAGUGCAUGUGCUGUGGAUGCUUGCAAUUGGAUCUUCCCAGUUGCAUAUGGAGUUCUAGAGGGUGAAAACAUAGACAGUUGGACUUGGUUUUUUCAGAACUUAAGAGAGCUUAUAGGACACCCACCAGGUCUUGUUAUCCACACUGAUGCAUGCAAAGGCCUGGAGACUGCAGUGGAAGAUGUGUUCCCAGGUGUGGAGCAUAGAGAAUGCAUGAGGCAUUUGGCUGCAAAUUUCACAAAAAAGUUUAGAGGAAAAUUCUUUGAUGAAAAUUUAUGGCCCUGUUCAUUGACAUACAGCAUAAAGAAACACAACUACCAUCUUAGGCAGUUGCACAGUAAGGCUGGUGUGAAGGAGUACUUAGAGGAGCAUCAUACCAAGCUAUGGGCAAGGUCACUGUUCAAUGAAGUAUGUAAAGUAGAUUAUGUUAAUAACAAUCUAGCUGAGUCCUUUAAUUCAAAGAUUAAAAAAUGGAAGGGUGUACACAUUGUGGACUUGCUAGACAAAAUAAGACAGUUUAUAAUGGAGAAGUUUGAUCUCAGACAGCAGAUUGCAGCUGCUACAUUCAUUGGCCACAUCAUAAUCCCCAAAGUCAUGAAAAUGCUUCAUGCAAAAUCUAAGGACCUUGAUAUGGAGAUAGUGAAGAGAAGCACAUAUGAGGCAGAGAUCACAGCAGUUGACAAGGAAAAGAGAGAGUGGAGAUAUCCAGUAAAUUUGGCCACUGGGACUUGCAGUUGUAGAAAGUGGCAGUUAACUGGACAGCCUUGCAUACAUGCUUUGUAUUUUAUUACUUCAAUGAGAGGCCCAGUAAGUGAGAUUGAUCAGUAUGUACAUGAGUACUUUUCUGUUGCUAGAUUCAAUGCUACUUAUGCUGAAAAUUUGCCUGCAAUGGAGGGCAAACAACAGUGGGAUGUGGUGGACCCUGGGUUUAAAUUGUCUGCUCCAUUGCAAAACAGGGCCCCUGGUAGACCUAGGAAGACAAGAAUUAGGGCAAAAUCUGAGGGAAAAGGACUUGGAGGAAGGAGAAAGAAAUGUGGCAGGUGUGGAACGCUUGGCCAUCGUGGCACUCACUGCAAGGAAUCCAUUGACCCAGCUUUUGGGGAAGAAGAGCACUGGGGGGCUGAAAAUGCAAUAGAUGAUCAUUUAGAUGCUGAAACAGAUGCUGAAAAUGCUACUGAGGUUGAAACAGAUGCUGAAAAUGCUACAGAGGUUGAACCUGAUGCUGAAAAUGCUGUAGAGGUUGAACCUGAUGCUCCAAUUGCUACAGAUGCACCAACAGUGUCAUCUGCUGUAAGCCCAAGGAAGAACUACAAAAGGGCAGCUGAUAGAGGGAUGUCACCAGCCAAGAAGAGGCUCAAGUUUGCACCAGAUCCUACAGUAGGAUCUGUAACUGGAAGCAACCAGCUAAGCAAAGAAGUGAGCAAAACUGUCACCACAAGGAGGAGUUCAAGGCUCUUAACUAACCCUGCUUGCAACACCAGGAGCAAGAAGAUGAAAGACCUGUGACCUUGUUAGCUGCUACCUUAAGUGUGUGAUGCUGAAAUUAUGAACUUAUGUAAUGGUGAACUUGUGAGCUACUAUCUUGAAUGUGCAAUGCUCCUUUUGUGACCUGCUAGUUUGGAAUAUUAUGUGAGCUGCUAUCUUGUGAGAUGCUACUUUCAAAUAUUUUUGUGAGCUCCUAUUUUGU